GAAUGACGGGGAGCCCCUCACGGCUUAUCGAAGGGAACAAGCCCGGCCCAAGUCUACCAACUUAGCAUCUUCCAUCGCAGCCCUUCUCCUCGUCAGCCUCAGCAGAUCGAGAGGCAGUCUGAGCCCUUAAAUAACCGCCUUGCAACGACGAGGCCGCAAGUGAGACGACUGGGGCGUCCGGCGCGGUUCAGCACCUAAUUGAUCCUAUCUAGCGCCCCUGGCAUUAUAUAGGCCCGCUUUGCUGCGCACAACAUUCGUCGGCCACUUCGCUACGCAAGCAUAUUUCCCCAACUCGACGCAAUGCAACCCUCAACGAACUCCAGUGGCGGCGGUGUGGAACCAUGGACGCAGCGCUCAGCCUUUGAGGACAGGGCUCUGUCUCCCUCCCUUUCAUCGUCUUCCAAGACGCCGAGCGAUCCAGACCCUGCUAGCUGCAGCGAUGUUUCGAGCCUCGAUGACUUUGAACUCGUCGACGAGCCUGAUCACCACCACUACGUUGAGCAUUCUGGCGUUGAAGAUAACGGGUCGCUGGACGAUGGCGAUAACGGCCUUAGCGAGUCUACUUUCAGCAGGCUGGAGCCUGAUUGGAGAGACAAUUCAGAAUCUUAUGAGAGGGUCUCGCACAACCUCUCGCGCACGAGCUUCGGCUCUUCGACGCCCAUGGGGUCUCACCACCUCAUUCCAAAUGCUACCUCCUUUUCAAUGGCCGAGUCGGCCCUAUCCGAAGGUCCGCUCAUGUCCACCUCUCCAGAAACGGGUUCGACGAGCAACAGUUUCCGGUUCCCUGAUCCAGAAGCAUCUGUCAAGGGUUCAGAAGUGCUGCGGGCCGACGAUGACAAGAGCGAGGACGAAGAAACGUCGGAGGACCCGCACCCCGGAUCGCCUCUCAUGUUCUCUUCAAGUGCAGCGAGAGUCAGCUUCGACGUCAUUGAAGACACCAACAAGCUGCUAGAAAUUCCUCCCUUUCAAGCCGGUGGGCCCGUCACGAGGCCCAGGCCGUGGAACAUAGGCUUUCUCAUCACAGGCAAGAUGGCUGCUGCGAUGGCCGUUACUGCCGCAUUGGCUCUUCAUCUUGUUCUCUUCUAUCGCUCCCAAUUGAGCCCUUCCAUCAUCGACCUGCCGGUCAAGCUCAACAUGACGCCCGCCGCCACCGUUACAGGAGCUCCACCCAGUGCCGUCGUCAGCCGUUCGAAGAAGGUCAGGUCGGCCAUCGAGUCGACCACUCUCUAUUCGUUGCUUCCAGAAGUUCCCUUUAACAGGCCUUUCCACAGCCCGUCCGACUGCAGCCCGAAGUCUAACAACAUUUCGCCCAGCCAAAUCACUGACUUGUCGCCCUACCAGCCACUCGACUUCUUCGAGCUGUCCUCCUCACUAUACCGUGCACCUCGAGCGGCGUCUUUGAUCUUCAAUGUCGGUCAGACCAGUCCUGGGAUCGGCGCAAAAGCUCACGAAGUCUUGGCCACAUUGCAAAAGUCAUGGGAGCAAUGGGCUAUGGAGCUUCGCAGGAUCUUCGUCACCGCCAUCGAGGUCGUCUCUCGCAUGGCCAAUAACGAGUACGUCAAGAUGAGGGAUGAUUUGUCGGAUGCAAAGGCGUAUGUACGCCAGCGAUUGUGGGACAAGGUUGGGAAGGCGUCUGAGGGCUUGUAUCGCGUUACGUCGAACACGUGCAAGUCUCUCGCAGCAAAGGAUACCGAAAAGCGACUCCGAGACGUCAGAAAGCUUCGUGAAAAGCAUCGUGCCAUGUUGAGGUCCAUACGUGGCAGCUUCCAAGCAAAUCUCGAGCUUAGGCUCCUGGAGACAGUGAUGCAAGCCGAACGCGCGAAAAGCCACGCCGUCAAGACUGUUCAGAACCUCUUGGGCAAGUGUGCCGCCACAAGUGAGGAUAAGGCUCUCCAGGCGAGGCAUGUACGACGGAAGAAGAAUGGCGCGCGGCCGCCAGCCAAGCACUCUCAUCGCAAGAAGUCUCCCGCCAGCAAGCAUUAGGCAGUGACGCCGUCGAGCUCCAUAUGUAUCCAUUUUCUUUCUUCCACAUUCACUGUUCUUUCGACACUCUCCCAGCCUUCGUACCUCUCUCACUCCCCCUUCACGCUGUGUAACGUAUACAUUCAUUCCAACAAUGCCCUUUUGAUCCCAUUC